UUAUCACUAGAAAUGGCUGCAAAUAUAGUGGAACUGCUGUCUGUCCCGAUUAAACCAAUUCAAACAGAUUGACAGCGCAGAGAUGUUUGGAACUAUUGAGAGCUCCAUGAACCACGUGACCGCGUGGCGGCGAGAUCAAAGCAUGUCGCAACACGUCACUUAGUUACAAUGUUGAUAGCAACCACGCAUACGGAAUGCCUAAAUAUUCACUGGGGGCUUGAAGCAGACGGAAACAUGGACGAUCAUUCCGCAGAUGAAGGAACAAGAAAGGAACCUGAACCAUUGUCUAACACAACUGAAAUAAAGACAAGCGAUGUGUACAAAGUGGAAAAUAAUUUACCAGCUCGCUUUAAUAAUCCGGAGUGUUUCAGAGGAUACAGGCAAAAAAUGAUCAACCCUUUAUACCAAACAACAAAUCAAACAUAUGGAAGCAAAAAACCAACAGUUCAUGAAAUGCCGACAACCUUUAACGGAAGUCGUCGGAAAUUUUCUGAGCAUCUUCUGAGAAGUGGCAUGUACAAGGAUAACGGCUUCAACACGGCGCUGGACAAGAGCCGACUCACUGGACCCGAUGCAAUGACUGCGUUUCACGACAGAAUCAAUUUCCAUUACUUAUACCACACAGAUGGGAAAUCUCAGUAAAUACAAUCUCCAUUUUGUAUGUACAGUAAUAAACAAGUCAAGCUAAAUUGUGAUGUAUACAAGGAUAGUUACUUACCCUCAUGUUGUUCCAAACCUAUAUGACUUUCUUCUGUGAAACAUAAAAGACAUUUGAUGUUUUAUGUCAGUGGGUUCAAAUGUUGUUUGGUUCCCAACGUUCUUCAAAAUAUCUUGUUUGGAACAACACGUGAUGAUGGAUUCCAAGACACUUCCUGUUGAAUGAAUAAGAAACACAACUACGUCAAAAAUUUCAAUAUAGUUUCUUUUAUUUGGUGUAGUAGAGUGAAAUUCCACAGUAGACCUGAACGUAAAUGUCCAGGGAAUAUUCUCUCAGCGUGUGACGCUCACACACAGUGGAAGCCAUCAAAAUAUAAUCCACACGUUUUAGAAGCACUUUGAACCAAUAUGUGGAGGUAAAGCGGACCAACGUACAAUCAAGCGUGUUAAAAACGUAAUGCGGUGGGGUUGAAAUAAGACAAACCGUGACAACAGCAAUUUCAAUCACUCGAACCAACCAGCAUCGACCUGAUUGGUGAAGCGUCCCUUUGGAAACUCGUCAGUCGUUGCUGUCGCUACACUGAGGAUACGGGCGGACGGUAUUAAGGGUUUUGGUGUUGACUAUUCCCUGUUUUUCCUUGGAGCUGUAAGCAGCAAAAAUAUUGUCCAGAGGGCUGGAUUGUCAAGUCCACAAACCUCCAAUGUUAUUCGUAAAGUAAAAGGCACUUCAAAAUGUUGUAACAAAAUCCAGUGUAUUGUCUUACAUCAUAUACAUACAUGAUCAGAAAUGAAGGAAUGCAAAGACAGUAUAAACCUUAAAGAGAGUGAUGUUUUAAAACAGUUUUGCUUCAUCAGGCUUAUAAAAAGAAAGU